GCCCGGCUCCGCGCGGCCGCCGGCGGGCAGGGCAGCAGCGCCGCGCCGCGCCGCCCCCGCGGGCCCCUCUAGGCGGCCCGGCGCUGCGCGGUGUGCGCGUGUCGGUGCCUUCCCCCCCGCCGCCCCCCUCCCCGCCCGCCUCCGCAGCCGUGCUCUCCCCCCUCCCCACCCCCCGCUAGGCGCCGCGCCGGGGGGCAGGAGGGAUCCGCGGGGCCGCCUUUGUGUGCGGCCCCCCCCCCCCCCAGGACCCGCGGAGCCGCGGCAGCGGAUGUGCAGAGUGGCCGGAGGAGGAAGAGAGAGAAGGGGGAUGGUGGCAGAUUUUUCUUAUUUUUAUUUUUCCAUUAUUUUUUUUGGUGGUCUCUCCGGCAGCGGCGUUUCUUCCGUGGCAGCGGCAGCGCAAUGACUCUGCCGCAUAUUAACCGCCCCGGAGGCGGCGGCGGCUCCGGAGCCGCAGCCUUGCUCUGAAGUUGCCCGGGUGGAGGAGGUAAAUCGGGCUGCGGGGCGGCAGGGGGCCGGCGGCGGGCGGCGAUCGCCUCCCCCAGCCCCGCGCACCCCUCCGCCCCCCGGCAGGCAACCGUAGCGCCGAGCCGCCGGAGGAGCAGGCAGCACGGGAGAGGCUUCUUCCUAUUUUAUUUUUAUUUUUUCUUAUUUUUCCUCCCUCGGUUGGACGACGCCCCCCCUCCCCGGUUUCCUCGUCGCCUCCCCUUUUUUCCCUUCUCCCCGCUGGGGGCUUUGGUCCUGUGGCCGGCUCUGCUGGCUCCCCGCGAGCCUGGUGUCUAUGGCUGGAUGGUGGCGGCGGCUCCCUGCCGCAGGUCGUUGAGGAGCCGAUGGGGACUCCGCGCCUCGGGAGCCGGCCGCCGCUGCAGCAUCAGGGCUUCCCACCUCCUGCCCGCGACAUCGCCUCCGCCAGUCGUAGCGGUAGGGCCGGCGUUCAGCGGAUACGCUUUUGAGGGAGAAGGGCCGAAAUGCUGAAUUCAGUAGUUCGCAAAAAAUAGCGUAUGGAUUUUUAGCACCCGAAGAACAAGAAAAGCAGUCUGAUUUGAUGUACAUGGGCCAUACUUCAGAAUCCAUCACUCAAAACAGCAACCUUCCCAGCCUCCUAUAUAUUAACAAGCAGAUGUGUCAUCCCGCAGACUAGGCGAUAACAGAUCUUUUUAAGAACUGCCUUUCCUCCGUGGACUUCAGGGGAAGAAGUUGCCAUUGGUGGCAGAGCAGAAGUACAUCUCCAGCUGGAGAUAAGCCAUGAAAAAAGUUUCAGCUGAAAGCGCAGUGUUUACCCUGGAUGCACGAAACAGAGGAUUGUGCCUUUUUUGCACGAAUUGGAUGCCCGUUUAACAAAAUGGACCGUCUCGGCGUGCACCCAGACUUGCAGGACUUGCAUUGCGCUUACACAAGCUGAGGUCUCAGAUUCUGGAUACUGUCUGUGGGAUUUUUUUUUAUUAUUAUUUUUAUUUUUUGGUUGGCUUUUUUUCCCCUCCCCUUUUGGAUGUGAAUCGCAGACCAACAGCUGAAGUGUUGGAAGCAAGUGCAGGCGGAGGCUCGCAUCGUUUUUUUUGAACCUGUGUUUGCUGGGAUACUUUCAAGCUCUCCUUCACAGUCAUGUGGUCAUCACAGCUGCUGUUCUUCACCAUGCUCUUAACACCGUUAGCCCGUGCAUUCAGCCGAGCCCCGGUGCCCAUGGCUGUGGUGCGACGGGAGCUGUCCUGCGAGAGCUACCCCAUCGAGCUUCGCUGCCCGGGAACGGAUGUCAUCAUGAUCGAAAGUGCUAACUACGGGAGGACUGACGAUAAAAUCUGUGACUCUGAUCCUGCUCAGAUGGAGAAUAUCCGCUGUUAUCUGCCAGAUGCCUAUAAGAUUAUGACUCAAAGAUGCAGUAACCGGACGCAGUGCGCCGUUGUCGCGGGCCCUGACGUCUUUCCAGACCCUUGCCCUGGGACGUACAAGUACCUGGAAGUGCAGUACGAAUGUGUCCCUUACAUUUUUCUUUGUCCCGGCCUGCUAAAAGGAGUAUACCAGAGCGAACAUUUGUUUGAGUCGGACCACCAGUCCGGGGCCUGGUGCAAGGACCCUCUGCAGGCGUCGGACAAGAUCUACUACAUGCCCUGGACGCCGUACCGCACGGACACACUGACAGAGUACUCCUCCAAGGACGACUUCAUCGCCGGGAGGCCCACCACCACCUACAAGCUGCCACACCGGGUGGAUGGCACGGGCUUCGUGGUGUACGACGGGGCCUUGUUCUUCAACAAGGAGCGCACCAGGAACAUAGUCAAGUUUGACUUGCGGACCAGGAUCAAAAGUGGGGAGGCCAUCAUCGCCAACGCCAAUUACCACGACACCUCUCCCUACCGCUGGGGCGGCAAGUCGGAUAUCGACCUGGCCGUGGAUGAGAACGGGCUGUGGGUAAUCUAUGCAACCGAGCAAAACAACGGCAAGAUAGUCAUUAGCCAGUUGAACCCUUACACACUGCGGAUUGAAGGGACGUGGGAUACCGCCUAUGACAAGAGGUCGGCCUCUAAUGCCUUCAUGAUCUGUGGGAUCUUGUACGUGGUGAAGUCGGUGUACGAGGACGACGACAACGAAGCCACAGGGAAUAAAAUAGACUAUAUAUAUAACACUGACCAAAGUAAGGAUAGCAUGGUGGAUGUGCCCUUCCCCAACUCCUAUCAGUACAUUGCUGCUGUGGAUUAUAAUCCCCGGGACAACCUCCUGUACGUGUGGAACAACUACCACGUGGUGAAGUAUUCCUUGGAUUUUGGACCGCUGGACAGCAGAGCAGGGCAGGCUCACCACGGGCAAGUUUCCUAUAUUGCCCCACCAAUCCACCUCGAUUCAGAUCUGGAGAGACCACCGUCCAAGGGAGCGUCACCGUCAGGAGCACUGGGCCUGGGGAGCACCCCCAGCAGCACCACAGCGCGGGCAGCCACCAGCAGCACUGGGAGGCCCACCACCGCCUCAGCCUCGGGCAGAAGGAACAGGAGCACCAGCACGCCAUCACCCGUGGCCAACAUCCCCGACGAGGUGACCACGCACCCGCCACCAGCCUCCUCCCAGCUCCCACCAGCUGGUGCUGAGAGCUGCGACCCCGUGGAAGCCCGCGAUGUUAUGUGGUCUCGGACCCGGCAGGGCCAGGUGGCCAAGCAGCCUUGUCCCAUGGGCUCCAUCGGUGUCGCAACUUUCCGGUGCCUUGCACCCGACGGGAUCUGGGACUCCCAAGGACCAGACCUCAGCAACUGCUCUUCUCCCUGGAUCAACCACAUCACGCAGAAGAUGAAGUCGGGGGAGAUGGCCGCCAACAUUGCCAGGGAGCUUGCGGAGCAUACGAGAAACCACUUGUACGCUGGGGACAUCACCUACUCGGUGUCUGCCAUGGUCCAGCUGGUGAACCUGCUCGAUGUGCAGCUCCGCAACCUAACGCCUGGAGGGAAAGACAGUGCCGCGCGCAGCUUAAAUAAGCUUCAGAAAAGGGAGCGCUCUUGCAGGGCCUAUGUCCAGGCCAUGGUGGAGACAGUGAAUAACCUCCUGCAGCCUCAGGCUCUGAACGCAUGGCGAGACCUGAAUGCCAGUGAGCAGCAGCGGGCGGCGACCAAGCUGCUUGACACCGUGGAGGACAGCGCCUUUGUGCUGGCCGAUAACCUGCUGAAGACGGACAUCGUCCGAGAAGACACCGACAACAUCCAGCUGGAAGUUGCGAGACUAAGCACAGAUGGGAAUCUGGAGGAUCUGAAAUUUCCACAGAACCUGGGCCAUGGGAGCGCCAUUCAGCUGUCAGCAAACACCCUGAAGCAAAAUGGUCGGAAUGGUGAAAUCAGGGUGGCUUUUGUGCUGUACAACAACCUGGGCACCUAUCUCUCCACGGAGAAUGCGAGCAUGAAGUUGGGAACGGAAGCUAUGUCAACGAAUCACUCUGUCAUCGUGAACUCCCCUGUCAUUACGGCAGCAAUAAACAAAGAGUUCAGCAAUAAGGUUUACCUAGCUGAUCCCGUGGUGUUUACUGUCAAGCACAUCAAGCAGUCAGAAGAAAAUUUCAAUCCCAACUGUUCCUUCUGGAGCUACACAAAGCGUACAAUGACAGGGUACUGGUCCACCCAAGGAUGUCGCCUCCUAACAACUAACAAGACGCACACCACAUGCUCCUGUAAUCACCUAACCAACUUUGCAGUCCUCAUGGCACACGUGGAAGUUAAGCACAGCGAUGCAGUCCAUGACCUGCUCCUGGACUUCAUCACGUGGGUUGGCAUCCUGCUGUCGCUCGUCUGCCUCCUGAUCUGCAUCUUCACCUUCUGCUUCUUCCGUGGGCUCCAGAGUGACCGCAACACAAUUCACAAGAACUUGUGCAUCAGCCUCUUUGUAGCAGAGCUCCUCUUCCUCAUCGGCAUCAACCGGACUGACCAGCCGAUCGCCUGUGCCGUGUUUGCCGCCCUGCUGCACUUCUUCUUCCUGGCAGCCUUCACAUGGAUGUUCCUGGAGGGGGUGCAACUCUACAUCAUGCUGGUGGAGGUGUUCGAGAGCGAGCACUCCCGCAGGAAAUACUUCUACUUGGUCGGCUACGGCAUGCCAGCGCUCAUCGUGGCCGUGUCAGCAGCGGUGGACUACCGGAGCUAUGGCACGGACAAAGUGUGUUGGCUCCGGCUUGACACCUACUUCAUCUGGAGCUUUAUAGGACCAGCCACCUUGAUAAUUAUGCUUAAUGUGAUCUUCCUUGGGAUCGCUCUCUAUAAAAUGUUUCAUCAUACUGCCAUACUGAAACCUGAAUCCGGAUGUCUUGACAAUAUCAAGUCCUGGGUUAUAGGUGCAAUAGCCCUACUCUGCCUGCUAGGACUGACCUGGGCCUUUGGACUCAUGUAUAUUAAUGAAAGCACAGUCAUCAUGGCCUAUCUCUUCACCAUAUUCAAUUCUCUGCAGGGAAUGUUUAUAUUCAUUUUCCAUUGUGUCCUCCAGAAAAAGGUCCGUAAGGAGUAUGGGAAAUGCCUGCGCACGCAUUGCUGUAGCGGGAAAAGUACAGAGAGCUCCAUUGGCUCAGGAAAAACCUCGGGGUCACGGACGCCUGGAAGAUACUCCACAGGCUCACAGAGCCGGAUUCGUAGGAUGUGGAAUGACACAGUCCGAAAGCAGUCCGAGUCUUCCUUUAUUACUGGAGAUAUAAACAGUUCAGCUUCACUCAACAGAGGAGCCAUGGCUAAUCAUCUUAUAACCAAUGCUCUGCUUCGUCCUCAUGGCACUAACAACCCUUAUAAUACAUUGCUCGGGGAAUCGGCCGUCUAUAACAACCCUUCUGUCAGCAUGUACAACGCACAAGAGCCCUACAGAGAGACAAAGGGGCUUCUGAACAAUGCCAGGGAUACAAGUGUCACGGAUACUCUACCACUGAAUGGUAGUCACGGCAACAGCUACAGCAUCGCCAGCGGCGAGUACCUGAGCAACUGCGUGCAAAUAAUCGACCGCGGGUACAACCACACUGAGAACGCCCUCGAGAAGAAGAUCCUGAAGGAACUCACCUCCAACUACAUCCCCUCCUACCUGAAUAACCACGAGCGCUCCAGCGAGCAGAGCCGCAACCUGAUGAACAAGCUCGUCAACAGCGUUGGCGGCGAGGAUGACGCCAUUGUGCUGGACGACGCCACCUCCUUCACCCACGAGGAGAGCCUGGGCCUGGAGCUCAUCCAUGAGGAGUCGGACGCCCCACUGCUGCCACCCCGGGUGUACGCAGCAGAGAACCAUCAGCCCCACAUCUAUGCCCGGCGGCGCAUCCCACAGGACAACAGCGAGAGCUUUUUCCCCUUGCUGACCAACGAGCACACGGACGACCUCCAGUCGCCCAACAGGGAUUCUCUGUACACCAGUAUGCCCGCCCUGGCCGGCAUGCCUGUGACAGAAAGCGUCACUGCCAGCACCCAGACCGAUCCACCGGCAGCCAAAAGUGGUGACGCUGAUGAUGUUUACUACAAAAGCAUGCCAAACCUGGGCUCCAGGAACCACGUCCAUCAGCUCCACACGUACUACCAGCUCGGGCGAGGCAGCAGCGACGGUUUUAUAGUCCCACCGAGCAAAGAUGGGACUCCCCCGGACGGCCCUGUGAAAGGACCCGCUCACUUGGUCACUAGCCUAUAGAGGACGAAGCGGCAGAUGCGGCCAGCAGAAAGCCCCUCCGUAGUACUCGGUUUACUGUUCUGAGUUGAGGCGAGCAGUGGUAGUAGCGCGUGCGCUCCUCAAUCUUCAUGCUGUUCCCAAACAAGCAAAACUCUCGGACUUUUUUUACUGGAAUUUUUAGGCCAGCCCGGAGAGACGAGUAACUGCUGAUAUCCCUCCCCACCCGACCCCUCUUUCCCCCCACCCGGCCCUCCCUCCCUUCAGACAGACUUCAUUAUGUUAAUGAAAGCGCUAUGACAGAUAACGGCACACUUCGCGGCCUUCUCAAGUUACGCUGUGUUUGUUUAAAAAAAAAAAAAAAGAAAAAGAAAAAAAUCCUUGAUGCUGUGUUGCUCUUAAUACCAAGGACCUGAUUAAAAAAAAAAAAAAAAAAAGGCCAAAAACCGUGCGGUUGAAACUCGCGGCGAUGGCGCACGGAGGUGGGAGCCAAGCCUGUUCCUGGCAAAUGCGGGUCGCGCAGCGGGUUGGGGCCAUGAACAGCAUGGCAGGGGCAGCAAGCGAAGCGAAUAUCUCGUGAGCCAGAAGGGAAUCCUAGGAUUAUAUGCUGACCACAUAUUUUAUGUUUUGCUGUAUUAACUGAUAAAAACUAAUGGCAGAAAAAGGAAAGAAAAAAAAAAAGCCGAACAGUUUCUAUGUAAUGUACAGAUACUAGCAUUGCACAUAUAGUCUGCUUUCUGUUCCUCCAGAACUUGCGUCCCUGUUAAUGUAGUGGAAAAAAAAAAAAAAAAAAAAGAACUUUUUCUGUUGUGCUGGUCUUGUAAGUUUGUCUACCAGUAGGGGCAAGGUUUUUCGUAACUCCUUUUUCAUUUUAUUUUAUUUUUUUGUUUGCCUCUUCCUCUGCCCUCCCUCUUCCUCCCAUCCUGGUAAAAAGUCUCAAUGGGCAAAAAAAAAAACACAAAAAAAGGACCAUCACUUUCUAAGGACUGUUUUUAGCAAUGCAAUCACAGCUUAUUUUCGCGGAGUCUUUUAUCUCCUCGCCGCAUCUCUUCCUCCAGCGGGUAUGUUGCCACCCAGACCUUUGCAGACUAGAGCAGGGGCAAGCUUUGUGUUUACAGCGCCCGAGUGGUCAUGGUCACGAUGCUGUGAAAAGCUGCUUUUGUGAGGGUUCCCUCGCCCAAGCCAGUGGGCCGCAUCAAGAAGCCGUGAGGUCUCUCCUGUAGUCAUAGUGGGGCUUCGGCAUAUGCCCCUGCAAAAUCCCUGGAGGGCUGCAGGGCCUUCACGGCUUGGUCCAGUCCCCGGGUUAGGCACUUGUGCUGCCGUGGUUAAGAAGAAAAUGGGUUGACUUGUAGUGUUCUUAAAAAAAAAAAAGAAAAAUUUUGCAGUGAUUAAGGAGGAAAAAAAAAGUAGUCUUCUGUUCGUUAUUUUCCUAACAGGAAAUUUAUUUAUUUGACAGGAUUUUAAGUAACAUAGGCUUUCCGGAGGUAAAACAGCAGCACGGAUUAUAAUUUCUUUUUUUUUUCUUUUUUAAUUUAUGAUCCAUUUUGUACGGUCGCAAAGUCGAAUGACCUCAUUUACUAAUAUUUGUUGUAAAAGUGAAGCUUGUUUGCCAACCAAUAAACAACUGAUCACAAUUUAGAAGAUUAUGUAUGUACUGUACCAUGGAUAUCUCUCUCUGUUCCUCUCCAUUACUGUCUUCAGGACAAGUUUCCACUCCUUCAAGGCAUGGGUGAGCAAUGCCAAAGAAAGGAGGCUGAGCUGAGCAAUUUAAGCACGACCAUUAAUGCAGCUACGGCUGACUAGGAAUAUCAGGUUAGCUGUGCUCGUUUAGGAGCGAGAACAACGGUGAUGGACCUUGAUUUGCAGGUUGUUCUAGGUCUGUUUUGUGCCUACCGUAUGAACUAGCCUAUGACACGCGGAUGAUUCAAGCGGAAUAUUUCCUGUGUCGUAUCUUUUUGUCAUUGUAACCAUUUCUUUUUUUCUUACUUUGGUUCUUCUGAGAUUAAAAAGCUGCUGGUAGCAUGUCAAAGAGUAAAAGAAGUCCCCAUUAGGCCUCCUC